CUCUUUCUUCUACCUAUCACGCAUGUCACAGAAAGUUGCAAACACACGCCCGCCCAGGCCUUAUAGAGGCUCAUGGAAGAGCGGGUCACGCUCUACUAACCCAUCGAAUGCAUACACGCCGCCUGCUGCGGAUGAGCCAGAGGAACUGCGCGUCCUCAAGGGAAAGCAUGCAGACGCGCUCAAGAUCAUGCGCGAGAUGUACCCAGACUGGACAGACGAGGAUGUCCUCUUCCUGCUUGAGGAGGUCCAGGGCGACGUCGAGGUGGCAGUGUCCAGGAUCACCGAAGGUCAUGCCGAGCGUUGGUCCCAGACUACUAAGAAGAAGGAGAAAAAGCACACUGCAGCUUCUAUCCCUGCUAAUGGAAAGGGAACUCCCGAAGGUGCUCCUAACGGUCACACUUUCGCCGGAGGCCGCGGUAUGCGCGGCGGCAGAGGCGGUGGACGCGGUGGCUUCACUGGUGUCUCCCGUGGUGGACGCGGUGGCUUAGUUGGUGGUCGCGGCGGUGCGCGGAAGCAUGAUGCAGAAGCUGGAUCUGCUCCUGCUCCUGCUCCCGCUGGUGAUGUUCCAGGUGCGACUGAUAACGGCUGGGGCCCACCUAACAUCGACGUCCCUAGUGCUGAAGCCACCGCAAUGUGGGGCCCCGUUGACCAGACUGCGACGCCCAAAGAUUGGAAUCCGAUCUCGCUCAAGCAGAAGAACAACAUACUCGCUUGGGCGAAGGGAGGCGACAAGACCGGUUGGGAAGACUCAAAGGUUGAGGAACCGAGUAAAGAGGUGAUUACUCCUCUUAAGGGUGUAGUCACCGCCGCACCUACUACUGCCGCCGAGGUGGGAAGUGCACCCGGGAUCCCCACUCCGGCUCCUGUGAAUGGCAAGGGUGUUAGCACCUCUGCUGCCCCUGCUGUGCCUGCCGCUCCCCCCGUCCCCGUACACAAGUCUGCGAAGGUUCCCGCUGCUCCCAAGUUAAGCUGGGCCCAGAUUGCCAAACCCCAGCCAAAGCCAACGCCUCCCCCUGCUCCCGUUGUUGUCCAUGUCGCUCCUCCUCCCCUUCCCACUCCACCCAUCUCGGACGAAACGCCCCUCCCCUUAAUACCUGUCUCUAAGAACGCCACCCUGGACGAACCAGAGGAACCUACUACGAUCCCGACUGAACCUGCGUGGGCGUUGGCUGAGCCUACGACCACCGUAGGUGAGAUCGGCACAGAUGCUGGCGACGAAGAGAAUCUCGGUGGCGAAACUUGGGAGCCGAUCGAUAAAGUGGUCGAACCCGAACCAGUUACCACCGUCGGCGAUCUGGAUGAGCCUGUGGAGGAACCUGUGGUAACGGUUUCACAGGCCGCUGAAGAACCUCCAAAGACGAAGCUGCCCGUCUCACCCACCACUGCUGCUGCGGUAGCUCCUCCUGGUCUCGCCGCUCCCAAGGCCAAACCUAACGUGCACCCUCGUUCUUCAAGCGCCAGGUUCAAGAUCGGCGACGAUAGCUCUGCUCUCCCCGCGACUGCUCGGUGGGCGUCGCCUGGCAUGAGCAUGAUGUUUGGUAGCUUGAAGGUUGGAGAUGACAGUGAAGAGGUGCCUGCACCCAUUGAGCAGGCCCCCGCACCUCAGGCACAGACCUUGCCUGCCCCCGCCCCUGCUCCUGCUCCCGUCCCUGCAGGUCAGGCUGCGCCAAGCCUGCCUGUAUCCCAGAGUCAACCUCUCCCUCCCAAGCCUGAAUUGCCUCAGGCUGCUCCCUACCAGCCGCAGCCCGUGGUCCCACCUCAGCCAGCUGGUCUACCUCUGCCCGCUGCACCUCAGCCGACUGCCUCCGCUGCAGCUGGCCUCUCGAACGUCCAGCACCUCUUUAACGCUUCCCUCGUGCACCCUCCUCCGGCCUCGGCGCCAGUGUCAGGCUCUCUCCAGACUCAACAGUCCCAGGCUCAGCACCUCCCCCCUAUUCCCUCACAGCCCCCUCACCUACCCCAACAGCACGCACCCUCCUAUCAGGCGUCUCAGCCUCAGCCGCAGGCACAGCCGCCCAGUUAUUUGGCUGCGUUGCAGCAGUCAUCCGGCGGCUUGCCAUUGUCCGGUCACAUCGACUCCCAUUCGGCACUGCCCCCUACGCAGAUACAGCAGCAACAUGCGCCUCUGGCCCAGCAGGCCCCUACUUCUACCCUGGGCCAGAACUACUUCCGCCAAGAGCAGCAGCAGCAAUAUUAUCAUGCACCGACUCCCCCUCAGGCGGCUCCUUCGCAGCAAGACCACCUGCCGAGCUCUUAUGGUGGCUUUGGCGCUCAGGGUGGACAAGGCAACCUGCCAGGAUUUGGUGGCAGUGGCGGGUUGGGCAAUGAUUAUCAGUAUGGUGCAAGCGAUAGGGGCUUCUACGAUUCCUACAACCAAAAUAACUUCCGUAACCUCGGGCAUGAUGAUCACAAGCUUCCUACGCAACCAAGCCAAGCUUCGUUGCAGGCACAGCAGCCAUUACAGAACCAGCAGCAACAGCCAGGUGCGCAGAGCCACACCGGGCCGAACGCCUCUUCCCAGCAGCCUGCUGGGCAGAACCAGCCUGGCCAAGGUCAACAGCAGCAGUUCCCUGGCAUGCCGGCCCCGGCGCCCUAUUACUACCCCAGCCCCUAUUAUAUGCAGAACCAGUACUACGGCCAGCCCAUGCCCGGAUAUGGUCAGCCGUUCGUGCAGUUCCCGAAGUACGGUGGACCGCCUGCUCAGGCACCCAGCUCAAAGCCGGCGCCUGCGCAGAACACGUCUGGCCCUUACGGCAGCUCGUACCAUCCGGGCCAGAGUGCCGGACUGGGCGGCUAUGACGAUGCGGCACCCACGGGCUACGGUGGUGCUUCCAAUUCUCUCGAUUUCAAAUAUAAUCAAGGUCUCCAGAACUUCCUCGGGGUCCCCGGUGGCAACUCGUCCCUACUCGGAACUGGGGCUGGUGCUGGUAACCAACCGCGUGGGUCGAACUUGAACUCCGGCCCCGGUGGCCUGCAAGAUCGUUACACAGCCGCUCAGUCCGUCGAUAAGACCGUUCCUGCUCCUUCUCAAGGCGCGCAGCUCGGGCAGACCGGUCGCCCUGGUGUCGGUACCUCACAGGCUGGUCAGCAAGGUCAAGGUCAGCAGGGUGCUGGUCAGCAGCAAGGCGGAGGGUAUUACGGCAAUCGUUAUGGAAACACUCCUCAGAACCAGAACCAAGGCGGGUAUCCUCCCCAGGGCGAUAACCAGUACUACCAGCACUACGGUCAGAGGCAGUACUGGCAGCAGUGAAGGACUAUCCAAAACAGCAGUCUCGAACAGCAGUCUCGACGGGCGAUGGUGACAAUUGUGUCGUAUCACAUUUUUUGUGUCCAUUUCUCUUCAUGUCCGUGUCUCUCAGCCAUCUCCUCUCAGUGCUCCAUGCCUCCGCAUGAACCAAUCAAAAGCAACACGUUUCUCCUGUGUUUUCUCUUUCCCUUUUCUCCGAGUUCCGUCCUUUUACUGUACUUCUUUCUGUUCCGUUUUCUGUUUCUGUCGUCUUUUCCCCUCUCCUGUUUGUGACUUUGAUCGCAUGCCUCCGCUCACGCAUAUGUACACAAUAUCCCGUUCUGCCUCUCACGCUCAUUCGUGAAGGUUAACGUCAAUGCAGGUCUGUGAAAUGAUGAUCAC